AUGCAUAGGUCACAUAACACAAACAACUCAAACAAUCCGAACUCGACUCGCUAUCCACAAUGUGAAUGCCCAUUUGAAUUGAAAGCUGUAAAGGGCAAGGAUGGUUGGACCGUCUCUAUCCACAAUGGCACUGAUAACCAUACUCUAGGGGUGUGCUUGGAGGGCCAUUCGUAUGCCGGGAGGUUGUUGUCAGAGCAGACUAGCACGGUGGUUGAUUUGUCAGUCUCUUUGGUGAAACCUAGAGAAAUCCUAACCCAUUUGAAGGUUCAAGAUCUUGAGAACGUAACGCCUAUCAAAGCCGUGUAUAAUUUGUUUUGGUCUCCCCCAUCUGCCGGGGAGAUAUUACGUGCUUUUUCUCGAGUGUUAAUGAUGGAUUGCACAUACAAGACAAAUAAGUACAAGUUUUUUUUGGUUCAAAUUGUUGGUGUAACAUCGCCAAAGAUGACUUUUUGUGCAGCGUUUGCUUUCAUGAAAUGUGAGAAAACGGAAAACUACACUUGGGUCUUAGAGAAGCUAAAAGGCAUGAUGGAUCCCAACAUGCUUCCAUCCGUUACUGUCAUGGAUAGGGAGUUGGCGCUUAUGAAUGCCAUCACAAAUGUUUUCCCUCAUGCUACCAACUUCCUAUGUAGGUGGCAUAUUGGCUAG